CAGUUCCCCAAUCCAGGCGGGAUCUGAAUGAGUAUAUAAGACGAGCAGUAGCCGUCAGCCACACAUUAACCUCAUCGCUUCCACACACACAGCAAACAUGAAGCUCGUUAUCCUCGUGUGCCUGGCUGUCGUCGCCCUUGCAGCCCCAAAGCCAGAGGACCUUCCGCCCAUCGUCCAAGUCCUUCGGGAUGAGCGUGAGCACGGCGAGGGCGGCAACUUCAGAUACCUAAUUGAGACUGACAACGGCAUCUUCAUGGAGGCAGCCGGUGCCCCAGGAGUGGCCGGACAAAGUAACAUCCAGGGCUCCUACAGGCUGAUAUCUCCUGAGGGUAUUUUGGAAGAGGUGCGCUUCAUUGCUGACGAGCUGGGAGUUCGCGCGGAGUCCCCACUGCUUCCCACGCCUCCCCCAGCUCCUGCCCACGCUGUUGAGCAAAUGCGCCUGGCCGAGGAACAACGUGCCCUGGAAUUUACCGCUCAAUAAUCUUUUUGCACUAAGUUCCUUUUGACUGAUGAAGGCCAUUUUAUGUAAUUUUUUUAAGUAUUUAUUCAUAAUAAACAUCAUAAUU